AUGAAGUUCGCCGUCGCUGCCACCACGGUGGCUCUCGUCGCCUCGUCGGUCUCGGCCAACCCCCUGCUCAACCUUCAUGGCGGCCUGACCUCCAAGCUCGGCGGAGUGUCGACGCCGCUGUGCAAGCAGCAGUACCUCGGUGCCGUCGGCCGUCCGUGGGAGGUGAACAGCAAGCCCGGCUUCACUUGCGGCAAGCUCGCGCUGCCGACCCUGCCCAUGUGGGACGGCGGCGACAAGGCGCUCUGCGGCCUGCCGCUGCUCGCCUGGACGCCCUUCUGCCGCAGCGGAAACGCGCCCGCGCCACUGCCCACGACGGGAUGCAAGCCCCCGACCACGAACAACCCGCACCCGUACCCGGACCCCACCCCAGAGUGCCCGAACCCGAAGCCGAACCCGCCGCCCGUCAACCCCGGCGGCCCAGUCUGCCAGAGCGACUACCAGGUGACCUACACCAACUUCACGACCGUCGCGGACAGCGGCGCAUACAAGGGCAAGGUCGUCGGCGCCGCCACGAUCGACAACGACAAUUAUCUCACUUAUGCUCUCGCCGAUUCCGCCGACGCAUGUCUCAAGGCAUGCAGCCAGAUGUCGGCCUGUCACUUUGUCAACACCUACUACGAUGAGGAGGUCGCCACCGACUACGCGCCGAAGCGCGGCGGCCAGAUGACUUGCGCCUUCUUCCGCUCGUGCGCGUCGACUCUGAAGAACACAAACUGGGGCGGCCAGGGCAACGACCGCCCGCUGAACACCAUCAAGAACAGCAACGGCUACUGCCUCUCGCCCGCGUGCCAGUCGUGA